CAUCUGUUUAUUUUCAUUUGAACAUAUUCUUAUUGUGACGCCGAUUUUAACAUUUUUUGUGGCGCAGCGAAAACUGUGAAUCGAACAAUGAGACGGCAAGUACUGUUUUUGAUCUUGAUCUUCUCUGUCGGUUCAGUUGUGGGCCAGGUCAGCUACUCUAUUCCGGAGGAAAUGGCAAAGGGUUCUGUAGUGGGCAACAUUGCACGGGAUUUAGGUUUAGAUGUAAAAAGACUGAAGUCAGGUAAAGCCCGUAUAUUUACGGGAGACAGUGCAGAGUACAUCGAGCUGAGCAGAGAAAGAGGAGUCCUCCUCGUGAAAGAGAGGAUCGACAGAGAGUCGCUCUGCAGACAGACGACGCCUUGUGCGUUACAUUUGCAGAUUAUUCUAGAAAACCCAAUGGAGCUUUUUCGAAUAACAGUGGAGAUAACCGAUAUCAACGACAACAGCCCCAAUUUUAAAAGUGACGAGAAACGUUUUGAAAUUAGCGAAUCCGCAGUUACAGGAUCUAAAUUUGUGUUAGACAGAGCGGUUGACGCCGACAUUGGCGUAAAUGGCCUGAAGAAUUACAGCUUGAAACCUGCAGAUAAUUUUGUACUGAAGAUACAAAGUCAUGCAGAUGGAAAUAAAAAGGUCGAAAUGGUCCUACACAAGCCGUUAGAUCGAGAGAAAGAGGAACAAAUGUCAUUGUUGUUAACAGCUGUAGAUGGAGGGGAACCUCAAAUGUCCGGUACGGUAAAGAUUUAUGUGACUGUGCUCGAUGCAAACGACAAUGCUCCUGUUUUUAUGCAGUCGGUUUACAAGGCUGCCAUAGCGGAACAUUCUCAAAAAGGAACAACAUUGACAACAGUGAGUGCUUCUGAUGCAGAUAAAGGAUCAAACGGGGAAGUUUAUUAUUCAGUUUCGACCACUGUGGACGGUGUGUCUGACAUUUUUACAAUAAAUGAAAACGGAGAAGUAAUAUUAGUUGGUGAUGUUGACUUUGAAAAGGCCAAGCAUUAUCAAAUUGAUAUUGAGGCUAAAGACAGUGGUGGUCUUUCUGAUUCCAGUAAGAUUAUUGUUGAUGUUAUUGAUAUUAAUGAUAACAAGCCUGUAAUCAGCAUACUUUCCAAAUCUGAUUCAAUCCUAGAAGACUCUCCCCAAAAUACAGUUAUAGUUAUGUUCAGUGUCCUUGACCCAGAUUCAAGUAACAAUGGUCAAGUGAACUGCAGAAUAAACGACAACAUCCCAUUUACUAUUACAACUUCUUCAAAUGAUUUUUAUAGCUUAGUGACAGACAGUGAUUUAGACAGAGAGAGAGCCUCCGAGUAUAAUAUAACAGUGACCUGCUCUGAUGAGGGAGUGCCCUCCCUCUCCAGCAGCGUCACUCUCACCUUACAGAUCUCUGAUGUGAAUGACAACGCGCCUGUUUUUGAGAGGAGCUCAUAUGAGGCCUACAUUGUAGAAAACAACACACCAGGCCUCUCUAUAUUCACAGUGAAAGCCAGAGACGCUGACUGGAACCAGAAUGCGCGUGUUUCUUACAUACUGGAGGACUCCUCUGUUAACGGAGUGCCAGUCUCCUCAUAUGUGUCCGUUAGUGCUGAUAGUGGAGUCAUCCAUGCAGUGCGCUCUUUUGACUACGAGCAGAUCAAAGACUUCCAGUUCCGCGUCAAAGCGCAGGAUGGAGGCUCCCCUCCACUCAGUAGCAACGUGACUGUGAAAAUAAUGAUCCAGGACCAGAACGACAACCCCCCUCAGGUUCUGUACCCAGUCCAGACUGGUGGCUCUCUGGUGGCUGAAAUGUUCACUGACUUUACACACGACAAGGAGUACAAUGACAACCUGACUUUUUACUUAGUGCUGGCUUUGGCUGUAGUUUCCUUCCUCUUCAUCACGUGUUUAGUGGUUAUUAUAUCAGUGAAAAUCUACAGAUGGAGACAGUCUCGCGUCCUGUAUCACUCCAAUCUCCCUGUGAUUCCGUAUUAUCCACCACGUUACUCAGACACUUUGGGGACAGGGACUCUCCAGCACGUGUACAACUACGAGGUGUGCAGGACGACUGACUCCAGAAAGAGUGACUGUAAGUUCGGCAGAGCUGGUAGUCAGAACGUGCUGAUAAUGGACCCCAGUUCUACAGGGACGAUGCAGCGGAUACAGAGUGAAAAGAGCAUCCUGGAUGAACCAGACUCUCCUCUAGAGGUUAGUCUCAUGGAAUGA